UAAAAGUAAACCGCGGCAAACACGAAACGCUUCUAUAGGACGCUGACAGACGCGUGAAAACCCGAGUGUAAUAUCGAACAAAGCGACAACUCGGUGGGUCACAAUACAGUAAUGGAGACGCUAACGACCGGUGGCGCCACCGGUGUCACGUGGCCGCCUCAAUUGAAUAGCGUCGGUACACCGCCAGAAUCCGUUCCCCGGCCUUCGGCCGAUCGUCCGGUCGAGGUUCGCGAGAAAUGGGGCCGCAGCAUAGAGUUCCUGCUGUCAUGUGUCGCCCUGUCCGUAGGUUUCGGCAACGUUUGGCGCUUCCCGUACACUGCGAUGAAGAACGGUGGCGGCGCAUUCAUGAUCCCGUACCUGAUCGUGCUGUUCCUGGUCGGGCGGCCCCUCUACUAUCUGGAGAUGGUCAUGGGCCAGUUCUCGGCCCGUGGUUGCGUCAAGGUGUUUGACGUGGUGCCGCUAAUGCGUGGCGUUGGCAUCGCUCAAACACUGUCCUUAACCGUCAUUCUCGGGUACUACGCGGCGGUCCUUGCGAUCGCGGCUCGCUACUUCUUCGCCUCGUUCGGAAGUCCGCUACCGUGGGGCCGUUGUGCGGCGCAGUGGGAGGGUUGCGUAGACUCCGAGUUUCAGGGCCGGGUGUCCAACGCCAGUCUGCGACCGUCGGCCGAGUUCUACUUUAACCACUCGGUGCUGCACAACCGGUGGACGCUGGACGAGGGCCUCGGGCUGCCGGACUGGAAGCUGGUGCUGUGUCUGCUGUUCUGCUGGCUGUGCAUUUCCGGUAUCCUUCUGAGGGGAAUCCGCAGCGCCGGCAAGGCGUCCUACUUUCUGGCCAUCUUCCCGUACGUCAUCCUGUUGGUGUUGCUGGUGCGAACCAGCACACUGAGCGGGGCCGGCGAUGGUAUUCUGUAUCUGAUGCAGCCACAGUGGGAGAAGCUCGUCGAUGUCGAGGUUUGGUACGCAGCGGUCACGCAAUGCUUCUUCUCGCUCACCAUCUCACUCGGUGCGGUCAUCGUCUUUGCUUCGUACAACAAUUUCAGCAACAACAUUUACCGUGACGCCAUGAUCAUAUCGUGCCUGGACACCUUCACCUCCGUGAUCUCCGGUAUCGUGGUGUUCGGCAUCGUCGGCAACAUCGCGCACGUGACCGGCACCCGGGUGGAGAGUUUGCAGCUGGCCGGACCGCAGCUAACGUUCAUCACCUAUCCGGACGCGAUCGCCAAGUUCGAUGUGGCCCAAAAUGUGUUCGCGGUGAUGUUUUUCUUCAUGUUUUUCCUGCUUGGACUGGGCAGUAACACCGGAAUCGUAACGACCAUCGUGACAGCAAUUCGCGAUCGCUUUCCACGGCUGGCCCACUGGAAGGCGGUGGUCGGCCUGUCGGUCUUUGGGUUCGCCUGCGGUCUCGUCUACAUCACGCCGGGCGGUCUGCUGGUGCUGGACAUAACGGACAAAUAUGGCGUCACUCUGACGACGCUCACGCUGGUGAUGCUGGAAAUAGUAACGUUCUGCUGGAUCUACGGCGUCGGGCGGAUUACGGUGGACAUCAAGUUCAUGCUCGGCCGAUCGACCGGUUGGUUCUGGAGGGCGUGCUGGGGCUGUGUGACGAUGGCCAUCAUUUUCGUCAUCUGGCUGUUCAGCUUCAUCCAAUACAAACCGUUCGAUGUUCCGAUCGGGUACACAGUCUUUGGAUGGUGUCUGUUCUCGUUCAUCGUCCUGCAAGUGGUGGCCUGGGGAGCCCACGAGUUGCUCAGCCGAAGCGAGCCGAGUUUGUGCUCGAAACUCGUGGCAGCCUCCAAACCGACCGCCGACUGGGGUCCUGAGGAUGCGACCGCCCGCAAGCAGUAUCAGGCGGAAGUGGCGAAAGUUCAUCGCGAACCGGAGGAAUGCGGAGGAAGAAGCGUUGUGCGGGAAGUGCUCGACCGGAUGUUCCGAAAGAGUGUGGCGAUUUCGAAGGACUAACCUGUG